AUGGGAACGAAAAAAGUUGCUGUGAUUGGAGCAGGAGCAUCUGGAUUGCCUUCGAUUCGCCACGGAUUACUGUAUGGUGCUGAUGUGACAUGCUUCGAAGCUUCCGAUGAUGUUGGUGGUCUCUGGAGAUACAAAUCUCAUGAGACUAAUGAAUCAUCCGUCAUGAAAACCACGGUCAUCAACACCUCCAAAGAAAUGACGGCCUAUUCCGAUUUUCCGCCUCAAGAGAAUCUUGCAAACUUUAUGCACAACAAUGAAAUGCUCAAUUACCUCAAGGCCUAUGCCGAGCAUCAUGGGCUCUUGAAACAUAUCAAACUUCGUCAUCGAGUUCUGAACAUUGAGAGAUCCCAGAAUUAUGAAAAGGACGGCACCUGGAAAGUGACUUAUCAGAAUCCAGAAGGUAAAACCCUUGAAGAUAUUUUCGACGGAGUCCUUGUCUGCUCCGGCCACCACGCUAUCCCACAUUGGCCUACUCCAUUCCCUGGUCAAAAUGAAUUCAAGGGACGAAUUGUUCACUCUCACAGCUACAAGGACCAUAAGGGAUAUGAGGAUAAAGUGGUUGUAGUCGUUGGAAUCGGAAAUUCUGGAAUCGAUGUCGCAGUGGAGCAGUCGAGAAUUGCCAAACAGGUCUAUUUGGUGACUAGAAGAGGAACUUGGUUGAUUCCGAAACUUGAGACAAGAGGAUUCCCUUUUGAUGUCAUUAUGAAUACCCGUUUCUUCUCUCUCUACAAGUUAUUCCCUCAAUCUCUUCUCAAUUCUCUUGUGGAAUACCGCAUCAAUCAGCGUGUCGAUCAUGACCUCUAUGGUCUCAAACCAGCUCAUCGUGUCUUCUCUGCUCACCCGUCGCUUAAUGAUGAACUCCCGAAUAGAAUCGCGAAUGGAACUGUCAGAAUCAAGCCAAAUAUCAAGAAAUUCGACGGAUACUCUGUUCAUUUCGAAGAUGGGAGUGUGAUUCCACACGUGGAUGAAGUCGUCAUGUCGACUGGAUUCUCGUUUGAGUUUGACCUAAUCGAGAAAGGAAAGUUGGUUCCAGUAACUGAGAAUGAAGUCGAUUUGUUCAAAUACAUGUUCCCCGUGGCCACUUCUGAUCACAACUCGCUUUGUAUUAUUGGAUUGAUUCAGCCAUUCGGAUCUAUUAUGCCAGUCUCCGAGCAACAAUCCAGAGUUUUCUUUGCCAAUUUGUUCUCUGGGAAUCACAUCAUCCCAAGAAAAUCUCAGAUGUCAGAAGAUGUUGUCAACAAGAAAGAGGCUAUGGCUCAGCAAUUUGUGAAAUCCAGAAGACACACUAUUCAAGUUGACUACAUCCCGUAUAUGGAUGAACUCGCUGAACUCAUCGGAUGUCAAGUCCCGAUUCUCAAGACUCUCCUCACUGAUCCAAUCCUUGGAUUCCGUCUUUUUUUCGGUCCGAAUGCCGGAUACUGCUAUCGAUUGGCUGGUCCACACACCUGGCAAGGUGCCAGAAACGCUAUUCUGACAAUCGAUCAACGUGUCCGAAAGGCGACGACUUCCAAACCGGAACCCACUAACUACACGAUCCCAUUAUUGAUCUCUACCUUGAUCCUGUUUGCUAUUAUUUUCUUUUCCAUGUGA